AUGUCUCUUGGACUAAUAGUGGCUGAUAAGAGAGAGAAUGUUGUAGUAUGUGACGUUAAGGCAAGCAGUUUGGCAUUAAAUCACUUCUAUCCAGGCGAUAUCAUAACUAACGUAAAUGGCGUGAGGGUGACUAGAAUGGCUGAAGCCAAAAUGGCCAUACGAACGAGUAUUGCCAUGCAAAAUACUGUCACUCUAAGGAUUGUGCGAGACAUCCCUCCAUUAAAAAGGAUCACUGAUAUGGCCGAAGACGCGCGUUCCAUCCUUUUGCGCAAUGCCGGUUUCUGGCGUCAUAAGUGCAUGCUCAAGUCUAUUGAAGAGAAGGGGGAAGUGAAGCCUCAAAGAGUAUAUUUUGUGCCCAAAAUCGAGAUUGUGCCUUUUCCAGUUGACGAGACAGGGAAAGAACUUAUCGAAACACCAAGUCGAGCUGGCGGGUCAAUAGUAGAAAACUCUUCAGAGGAUGAAGAUGAAAUUGAAGGUGAAAGGGAAAUAAUAUUUCAUGAGGAUGAAGAUGACGAGGAUAUAUAAUAGAAAGGACUGACAAACUGAAUUCUAAUUUGUUUUUUUGUUUUCCUAACAUUCUUUUUCUUGUUUUGUCUUAUGUUUUUUUGGUAAAUUAUUAAAAAAUAUUUCUUUUUUUUUUGUUUUAUUCUUUUCAAAUUUCUGG